CGUUUGGUGUGGGGGGACAAAAUAAAUGUAUGCACGAUGGCGCACGCGCACAGACGGUUUGGGUUACGUGUAACACGGAUGUUGUGACAUCGCAUGUAGAACUACAAUGCUAUGGCUACACAAUAAUAAAUAACGUCUCACGGUUGUAGCCUAUGUUUUACCAUCCAUUGGAUUUACCUAUUGUCAAGUGCUCAGACGCACGUUUACUUUCGCUGUAGACAGGCUGUAUUCAAUUCUGCCGAUUAUGUUGCAAACCGUUUCUUAAAAGAAAGCAAACGGAACGAACGUGGAUUGACUUGCCUCAAUUUGUCCAAUAGAAACUCGUUUUAGUUGCAAAACGGAAUGCAACUGUUUGAACUAAUGAUUUCACCCCGGGCUUCAGACGAGUUAAUGAGACAGCUGCUACACGUGACGGUUAUAUGGUUGUAUAACGCAAUAAUAUUUAGGUCAACGCGAUUCUUGUUUGGCAAGUGCAUACUUACACUUGCAUAAAAGUCUCGUGCAGAUGUCUCGAAUAACAGGUGAGAAACAUAUGUUCGAAAGAGGGGGAAAAAGACCACUCGAAUGAGUUUACUUAUAUAUGGUAAUUUGUCAGGUUGGACACGGAUAUUUACACGAGAAAGCAGUGUUUUCACUCAGUUAUAGGGAGCCUGUGUAGUAGCCUAUAUAGACAAUCAUUUUUCCCUCAAAUAGAUGCAAAAUUACACUUUAGCCUAUCAUUUAGAGGAUAAAAUGAACGUUUCAUUCUUAAAUCAGGCUGAAAUAUGAGCUACACUAUAGCCUAUUGAUAAGGGACUCAUGCAGAAUACUCUUUAAUUAAAAUUGUAAUGAAAGUGAAAUCUUGGUGUUUCAUGAAUGGUUGUCCUACUUGCUAUAUAGCCCACGAAACGAUUGUGUGUGAAUGCAAUGAACAGAGUGUCCCCUUCACGGGUGGUUUGAGUGAAUGAAUGCGAGUGUAGUGGUGACUGGUGAUAGAGGGGAAGACAGAUUGACCUCUUCCGCGUUUUCCUGGAGUUGUGUCCUCAUUACCCAGGAGGCUACUUUAUCCUUGCACGUGUAGGUCUACGUUUGGAUGUCUACCCCCUCCCCGCCUUAGUACAGAGAGAGGGGACGAAAAAAUAAAGUUAAUUUAUACAACAAUCCCCCGCCUCUUCUCCCCAUCUCUCCUACAGUAGGCUACUUGUACCACAUUUAGGCUACCCUACCACUUCCUCAUGUUCUGCGGCGCCGGGUUGCUGCGGCUCCAGCCAUGUCCAAAGAGAAUUUAGCCGCCGUGGGCAAUGACUCGACCGCAGACAAACGAACAGGUCAGUAGAUCAGUGGAGCACACUCGAGGAAGUCCUGGGACGCGCUCGUGGAAGUUUAAUAAUUUUGAACAUAUUUGUGGCAUUCUACCAUGUAAUUUCGCAGGACCCUUGCAGUUAGGAGAAACCAAUAGCCUUCCUGUUUCUCGGCCUGACGUCAUAACGCCCCACCUGGCAGGAGCCAUGCAUGAUGUCAUAACCCCCCACAAGGCAGGAGCCAUGCCAAUCCAAGAGCUGUCUAGGAAACGGAAGGGGGAUAUAGACAACAGGGAAAAUGGUGAUGCUGAAAUGGAGGAGCAACAGAGCAGAUCGGAAGACGAUGAUCAACAGGUGACAAUAAAAUGCUUCAGGGAGCCACACAGCCAAAUUGAAAAGCGGCGGAGGGACAAAAUGAACAUCCUUAUUGACGAGCUGUCAGCCAUGAUCCCCUCCUGGAACCCCAUGGCCAAAAAGCUUGACAAACUCACGGUUCUGCAAAUGGCUGUGCAGCAUCUCAAAGCCCUGAAAGGUGCCAGCAGUUCCUUUACUGACGUUAACUACAAACGCAAGCCUUCGUUUCUGCCUCAGGAUGAUCUCAAGCACCUGGUGCUCACGGCUGCAGAUGGGUUCCUGUUCGUGGUGAGUUGUGACAGGGGGAAGAUCCUCUUUACCUCAGAAUCCGUCUUGAAGUUCCUCAACUACAGUCGGUUGGAACUAAUUGGACAGAGUCUUUUUGAUUAUGUCCACCCGAAGGACAUUAGUAAAGUGAAAGAGCAGCUGUCAGCCUCAGGAUUAUACCCUCGUGAACGGCUCAUAGAUGCCAAAACAGGGUUACAGGUGCAGGACCUUCCUGUGGGAGCAGUUCAUCUGUGUACAGGGGCACGGCGCUCCUUCUUCUGCCGCAUGAAGCACAGCAGAACAGUUAUGAAGACAGAAGACAAAACCAUCCAGCCCAGCAGCCCCAAGAAAAAGGAGUCUCAGCGAUACUGCACUGUCCAUUGCACUGGUUACAUGCGGAGUUGGCCCUCCACCCAGCUGGAUGCUGAGAGCGACGAUAACGAGUCCUCCCAUCUGUCCUGCCUGGUCGCUGUGUGCCGCGUUCACCCUAACGAUGCCUGUCAGCCCUCACGAGAGGUCAAGGUCAAACCCACCCAGUUUGUCACUCGCUUUGCAAUUGACGGCAAGUUCACCUUCGUGGACCAACGAGCCACCACUGUUCUGGGCUACUUGCCACAGGAACUACUGGGGACGUCUUGUUACGAGUACUUCCACCAGGACGACCUGCAACACCUCGCAGAGACACAUUCUCCGCAGUAAAGAGAAGAUUGAGACCAGCUGCUACAAGUUCAAAACAAAACAUGGCUCCUUCGUCAAGCUUCAAAGUCAGUGGUUUAGUUUUAUAAACCCAUGGACCAAAGAAAUUGAGUUUAUUGUGUCAACAAACCGAGUUUUGGGACCCGGUCACACAGAAGCUGAACAGCCGAGCAGCUCCAAGCUGUUGGACGAAGAGAGCAAGCGUACUAUCCUUAUCCCUGGCAUCUCCAGUGGCAUGGCCACUAUGAUCUACGCUGGCAGCAUAGGGACCCAGAUAGCAAACGAGCUCUUGGACUCCAACAGGGUCAAUUGUUCUCCAUCCAGUGGAACCUCCAGUCCCUUCUGUCCACCUCAGGACAGGUCUCCAAUGGUCUCCUCUCAUGCCAACAUGCCAAAUGAGGAGGUGACUGACUCAGAUACAGUGAGCAAGCCUAGAUUACAGUCUGCUUCAAAGGGGGCCACAUACGCUGGCAGCAACACACAUAUGGACACAGCCCGUUCUCCCCCAGGAGAGAGCUCCCAGAUGGACCUGGACAGCAUGGUGGGACCAGGCCUCGGUAUCCUGAGCAAUGAUGAGGCUGCCAUGGCCGUCAUCAUGAGCCUGCUGGAGACUGAUGCCAACCUGGGGGACGCAGUAGACUUUGACAACAUGCACUGGUCUCACUAGUAGAGAUUCAAAUGCCAUGAAUUCAGGAAAAUAAUUUAGAUUCCAAUUCAAGAAUUGAAAAAUMAUAUUUAUUCUUAUCUACAUUACUUCAUUUAUUUAUUUAAGCAUUUUCAAAGAGGAUUUCAUUCAAUUCAUGAAUUGGGAUUUCAAUUCAUGAAUUGGGAUUUCAAUUCACUUCCAGAAUUGAAAUGGAAUUGACCCCCAACUCCAUCAGUCCUAAACUCUGUAGUUUAUGGUUAGACGAACUCCAUCCAGGGACUAUUUUCAUGUGCUCCGCUACCAAGGAAACAGAUGUAUGUGCUUCUGAGGGACUUCUACAGCUCUCUGUUUAAGUUUCAGCAAGAGAAGUCUAGCCUGCGCUAAAACCAGCAAACUCUUUGGUGGCUUACACAGCUGGUUCAAUUGGUGGGGAUUUUUUUGAUCAAUGUUUCAAUGUAACUGAAUGUGUACUAAAACCACCCGAGUUUGCCUAUAUCUGGGGGGUCACGGAUCGAUAGCAGUUCGGUACUCUUAGGGUUCCCGCCGGUGUGAAAGUGAUCAACUCAAAUUCCKAGGUAGUGGACYGAGGCAUAGGUUAAUCAAUUGCAAAGUAUAUUAACACUGAUCACUUGUGUGAAUAACUUGAAAUGAAAACAUUACAAACGUGUCUUCACUCAAAUUGUCAUUGUCUGUUAUUACAAAGUGAAAUUGUAUAUUGUUCUGUCUUUUUGCUCUUGCAUUGUAGGCUUCUGUGUAGGUGUCUAUUGUAAAGACAGCAGCAUUCCUUUUUCUGAAGUCACUCAAGAGGUAGAGCUGAUUCUCAUGAAAUGAUUUCAUUUACACUGAAACYGAACACCCUGAAGAUGCACCUGCAGGGAUGUAAUGGAGMCUAAACGCACAGAAACACUUUUUUAGUUUGUGAAAAGCAUUUACACAUUUAUUCCGCAGCGUUGGCGUUGUUAGCAAUAGCGUGUGCGUUGCCUAUCCUAGAGGAACACAAUGGAAAUAAGCUCUCAGGCUUUAWWYUGUUUUGUCCUCAAUGGUUUUAAAUAUCUGUUCUUCAACUUUUUAAUGAUCAAAUAAAAUACUCACUGCCCGUCAUCACAACCAGCGUUCAGCGCUUACCCACUUUAAUCCUUUACCACUACAUCCCUGUGCAUCUGCCUUAUACAAACACAUCCUAGUUGGUUUGAAAUGUGGAGGUGUGAAACUAAUCCAGACAAGGAAAAUAAUGCUUGCAAACAACCUUUUGAUCCUCGUUUCAGCAAACUAUUGUGAAAGCCUCUUUAGUCCCAGAACCAAUCUCAAUACGGUGUCMGCUUUUYCUCUGAACAGAGCAUUACUUUCUCUCUGUGUGAAGUUUGCACACCUUCCAAAUARMUCAAAUCCAAGUGCUUGAAAGUAAGUGAAGUCUGUGUUGCUGGAAUUCAAUCUAAAUGCACUGUACAUUUUGUUCUGCAAUUUUGGUUGCAGAACAAAAUGAGGGACAAAAGGGAGAAAUAUCAGUGAAUCCGUAAUGACUUGAAUUGUAAUGCCUGUGUGCACUCCUGCAGUGUUGAUUAUUAUGACACUUUUUGGGUGAGGGAAGAUCAUGGCUUCAUGUGCAAAGAAUCAAGUAAUCUGGCACAGAAAAGCAAAUUAAUUAACUGCAUGUCAAACUUUGAUAUUCUUUGGCUCUGACCAAUGCAUCCAUGCAAUGCAAAUAAACAUU